UAAGAGUGAUGUAAUCAAAUAAAUAGCGAACUUCAAGUGUGCAUGUGUUUAUCAAGUUAGAUUUCACGUCGCUUUGUUCAUAUAUCACUACUCACACAACUCGCUUUGCACGAUUAUAAUUUAAACAUCUUCCGUUAUCACACCUUAUUUUGUUUGAAGUGUUUAGCUAGUAACUUAGCGAAAUUAAAUUUCAAACAUGAUUCCAGAAUUAUCUUACGAGCACUUUCCAUUCCACGUUUUAAAGGAGUUAUCCUUUGUUCAUUCCAAACAAGAAAAACAGCACGGAAAGUUAGGAAAUCCCAAAGAAGAGAUGGGACUGACGAAGGAGUCGUUAGAACUUUUCGAAGAUUUGUCGCAAAUGCAAGAACACUGGAUGAGUGAAGUACGAAUGACAGACACAAUUGUCAGUGGCAAAUUGGACUCGAAAUUGAAUUCACGCUUAGAAAAAUGUCACGAACAGGAAAAAGUAGAGGAAAGUUGGUCAAAAGAAACGAUCAAAGUGGAAAGUAAUGAUUCACUGGAGAGCUGUAGUCAACAGAACAGAACAAUGGACUUAAACAAUAGUCUGUCAUGGUUUGAGUUUCAUCCACGUUAUCAAACUACAAAGACAACUGGAGAUCAAAUGGCUGGUCACACAUUGAAAACGAAUAUGACCAGGUGUCAUAAUAGGGCUUCACAUGAACCAUCAAGCUCUUUUAACGAUGUAAAAGUUGAAAAACUCAAGCACUGUGACCAGUUUAGAGGUCAGUAUAACGAACAAGAUCAGAUCGGUUACAUGUGCGACAUAAGUUCACCUCGUAUUGCAGGGAGCUGUGGAUAUGAGACGAAGACUAGUUCAUUCUGUAAAGAUACAUUGUCUUUUUAUGAGAGAUAUCAACGAAACUACACGGACUAUAAUGAACGCUUUGUUUCACCGGAUAUGAAAUAUUUCACUAGAGAUGUGACGGUGUAUCCCGAGCACCGACCGUUUCAGCGACGAGGCUCACUACAGUUAUGGCAAUUCUUAGUCGUCCUUCUCGAAGAACCAAAAUGUUCGCAAUACAUUACGUGGACUGGUCGAGGAAUGGAGUUUAAACUCAUUGAUCCAGAGGAAGUCGCCCGCAGAUGGGGAAUUCAAAAGAACAGACCAGCCAUGAACUACGACAAACUCAGUCGAUCUUUGAGAUACUAUUACGAAAAAGGAAUCAUGCAAAAAGUAGCUGGAGAGAGGUACGUUUACAAGUUCGUUUGUAAUGCUGAAGCUCUCUUCGGAAUGGCGUUUCCUGAUUCUCAGAGACCGUUUAUUAAAGCCGAGUGUCGUAGUGCUAAGCCUUUGCUGAGUCCAUCACAAACAGCCAUUGCUUUACCGCAUAAUUUUCGUACAAAAGAGUACUAUGAACAUUCUUCUAGAUAUGUAAAUAACACAGGAUAUUAUCAAACCUCUUGGGAGCCAUAUCAAAACUGUGAAGGACAAACUAUUGUUUACUAAGCUUGUACACAUUUGAAAAUAUGUGAUGUUAGUUUUCAAGAAAAGUAGGUACAUUUUUAUUUUACAUGAAAUUGUUCGUGCUAGCAAAGAAAAUACAUGGAAGCGAAUAUCCAGUCUUACAUUAAA